AUUACGAGCCAGCGUGUUGGUUCAGCGUGGUGGCUUGGAAAGUUGUCUGCUAGCUACCUUAGAAGAUGGUCUGAGUCUCUCUCCUCUUCUUCCCAAGGAGUCCCCUAGUCACCGAGCUGCCAGGACGCCAGCAGUCCCCCCUGCAUUUCUGGGUGGGCUGGGGCACAGAGUAGGUCGUCUGUGCUGACCGAAGCCCCCACUACGCUGGAAGAGUAGCUUUUAACGUCAGUUGAAACGGGCCAGCGAAUUCUUGCCCUGAAACACGCCUGAACCUGCUGAUGACAUCAGGAGGCCUCUCCCCUGCCACAUGGAAAUGCAUGGACCUGCAUCACUCGCAUGCCAGUUUCAACCAGUCCUCCCUUCCAGACACAUCUUUCGUAAACAGAGAGGAAGAGGAUGGAAGGCAUGAGCAGCCCAAAUCCCACCAUGUCUGCCAUCCCCAAGCACAUCCUGGACAUCUGGGUCAUUGUGCUGAUCAUCCUGGCCACCAUCCUUGUCAUGACAUCCAUGGUGCUGUGCCCGGCCAUGGCUGUCAUCAUCUACAGGGUGCGGACUCACCCCAUACGCAACGGGGUCGUGUGAGAACAGAGCCCAGGGCCGAGGUGGCCUCCCUCAGACCACACUGGAGAAAAAGACAGUGGGCGAAGCAGGCAGCUCCCUGAGCCGUGCCGGCCAGGACAUGGCAGGAAGCACAGGCUGAUACUCCUGGGACCCGAAAUCCCUGUGUGUCACCCAAAUGCACGCAAGGGAGCUAGGUUAGUCACCCACUCCGACUGGUGACAAAGCUUCUUCUGGAGUCUGGAUGGGUGAGUCCCCCUCAGUGCGUGCAGCGGCCCAGAAAGCCCCUGUCUGGGCUUCAUCUCAUGCACUCCAAUCAAAAUGGCCCCCUCGUAUUUACCUGGUGAGCUACUCGGAAAUGACAGAGAAGCUGCAGGCCAGGGGCCACAAAGGAAAUGUUCAACUUCUGAGAGCAAAAUGGUUUCCAGAUGCGGUGGCGUUGGACGUUGAGUGACUCGCGCCGUGCCACUCUCCCUCGCUGCGAGGGCAGGGGCUGGUGACCUCUGGCUCCUCACAGCUGGGAUCUCCCGUCUCCAUGACCCAAGCUCCCCCAGCCACAGGAGAAGAACAAGGAAGGGAAGUGGGGUUCAGUGAAAGUAAUUUAUUUGGCUUGGGGGGAGGGGAUCCAUGUAAGGUGGCAAAAACAGGGGUGCAUUUGGCUUCUGGGUUUGCAAGGCCAUGGGACUGUAUCAACAUCGUUACCACAGUGAAGGGGCCAAUCGCAGCCGUAUCAGUCUUGCUGUGUUGCAGGCAUUUGGUGUAAUUGUACCAGAAAUGUACUAGGUGUUGGGUUUCAGAGGAAGGCCCUUUGGCUAACAGCUCUUGGGAGUGACACGGCAUCACCCCCAGGCAGCCAGUCACCCCCUUUCUGGGCCUGUCACCUUGUUCUGGUUUCUUAAUAUCGUUGUAAUGAAAGGGCUAGAUUGGCGCCUGUUGACAGGGUCCAGCCGGGAUCAGUCCCAGGUUGCAAUAUGCCUCCACCCUGCUCUAGGGAGGCCCCUAUUCCAGGGCUGCGGGCCAGUUCAGUCUGGGUGGUCCAUUCAGCCCUUGACCUCUCUCCAGAGAUUGCCAACAUGGAGUCCGUUACUAUGGUGCUCUGUGUGACAGGGACACCCAGGCACUGGGAGCUGGGCUCAUGGUACACAGACCCUCACCAGCCGCCAGAGGGUAAAUCCGUGCUGGAUGCAAACCGGUGCUGAAGGACCCUCCCGCCCCAUGUCCUUAACAAGCGCAAGCCCCGUAGUUCUGUGGCAGCUCCUCUGCACUUCCUCGCCCAAAGAUGGGGAGGAAAUGGUUAACAAAACAGGAGAAUGCAAAUUCCAAGCCAGCGCACAGAGAGAAAGUGCAGUGAGGGGAGAAGGAGAAGGGAGCCCCUCUUAGUACUCAGCAGCCAGUCUGGAUUGGUCCCACCCUCUGGAUAUAGGUUAUAGACUCAAAGCUAGAAGGCAGCAUAGGGUUAUUUUAUCCUCACCUGUAACAGCUGAGACUGCUUAGACAAAACAUUCCUAAACGGGGCCUAGGUAUGUAAGUGCAAAGGGAUGCAUUAGGGCUAGCAGGGCAGUGCACUCCCCCUUCUCACUGGGAGAACUGGCUCACAAUCCACUUAAAGCACCACUGCAGUGAGUUUGCGAGUUCUCAGGGGGUAUUUCCGUGCAGCAGAAAAGCUCUGUGUACUAUGGUACAGUUAGCAGCCAGUGCCCAGGAGAGGGAGGCCAAGGACUGGGAAAACUCAAGACAGGAGUGCUUUGACUGUACUAUGCGUUGGACCCAGGCACAGAACAGCAGGGGAAACUCACAGGGGUUCGUGAGCUGCGUCCUGAGACCAGAACAGUGGGGGAAAGGUAAGGGGCGGGUGCUGCAGCUCGGGACUAGCAAAGCUAUGUGUGGAAAGGCUGCCUAGCUGUAUCUAACUGCAGCCAUUGCUCGCUGGCUGUUGCUUUCAGAGACACUAAAACUCAAAACUUAAGCUGCCAAGUUUGCACUUUUUGAGUUGCAAGAAAAAGUUAUGGGGAAAAAAAGGAACAGGAGGGUGAAUGCAAUGUACAUAGGAAAAGCGUGACAUAAAUGUAUUUAUAGGACAUGUGUGAGCAAAAUCACCAUCAUAUAAACUGUGAUAUUGCACCAAUCCAUGGAAUAAAUGGACUUUAUUCUA